AUGGCAGAGGACAAUGACUGGAGUGAUGUAGAAUGCUCCAUUCUGCUGCAAAGUGUGCUGGUGGAAAGUCUUUCUGCUGUUUGUCUUUCAGACCGCCUGCAGGAUUAUGUUGGGAAAGAGGAGGAUUUCUCUGACCAGCAGCUCUGUGGACAGGAGAGGAAUUCCAGUUUGGACCAAGAGGAACCAGAACCUCUGCAGAUAAAAGAAGAGCAGCAAAAGCCAGAAGAUCCCUGGAAUAAAGAGGAAACCAUGGAGCUCAACAUAAGUGAGCAGGAAGAGCAGCUAAAGCCAGAAGAUCCCUGGAAUAAAGAGGAAACCAUGGAGCUCAACAUAAGUGAGCAGGAAGAGCAGCUUGUUCUGAAGCAAGAGACUGAAGAUACAGGAGAUACAUUUUUCCCAUGUUUGACAUGUGGAGAAAACUUUCUUAAAAAAGAACAUUUAAUAGAUCACAUGAGAAUUCACACAGACCACCUGCAGGAUUAUGUUGAAAAAGAGGAGGAUUUCUCUGACCAGCAGCUCUGUGGACAGGAGAGGAAUUCCAGUUUGGACCAAGAGGAACCAGAACCUCUGCAGAUAAAAGAAGAGCAGCAAGAACCAGAACAUUCCUGGACUAAAGAGGAAACCAUGGAGUCCCCCAUUAGUGAGCAUGAAGAGCAGCAACCUUUCCCAUGUUUGACAUGUGGAGAAACUUUUCUAAAUAAAGAACAUUUAAUGGUUCACAUAAGAACUCACAAAGGUCAGAAGAUUCAUGAAUGUCUGUCCUGUGGAAAAAUUUUCAAAAAGAAAUCUGAUCUUGAUAAACACAUGAGAUUCCACACAGGUGAGAAGCGUUUUGAAUGUCUGUCAUGUGGAAAAAUCUUCACCUCCAAGUCUGAUCUUAAUAUUCACAUGAGAAUUCACAGAGGUGAGAAGCCUUUUGAAUGUCUGUCCUGUGGAAAACGCUUUACUCAGAAAUCAAGUCUUGAUAGACACAUGAGAUUCCACACAGGUGAGAAGCCUUUUGAAUGUCUGUCCUGUGGAAAAAGCUUUACUAUGAAAUCUAAUCUUGAUAGACACAUGAGAAUUCACACAGGUGAGAAACCUUUUUCCUGUACCAUUUGUAACAAGAAGUUUACUGAAAAAAGUCAUUUGACUAGACACAUUAAAAUUCACACAGGUGAGAAACCCUUUUUAUGUCUGUCCUGUGGAAAACACUUCACUCAGAAAUAUAGUCUUGAUGAACACAUGAGAUUCCACACAGGUGAGAAGCCUUUUGAAUGUCUGUCCUGUGGAAAAAGCUUUACUAUGAAAUCUUAUCUUGAUAGACACAUGAGAAUUCACACAGGGGAGAAACCUUUUGAAUGUCUGUCCUGUGGAAAAAGCUUUACUCAGAAAUCUAGUCUUGAUGAACACAUGAGAUUCCACACAGGUGAGAAGCCUUUUGAAUGUCUGUCCUGUGGAAAAAGCUUUACUAUGAAAUCUUAUCUUGAUAGACACAUGAGAAUUCACACAGGGGAGAAGUGUUUUGAAUGUCUGUCCUGUGGAAAACGCUUAAUUCAGAAAUCUCAUCUUGAUGAACACAUGAGAAUUCACACAGGUGAGAAACCCUUUUUAUGUCUGUCCUGUGGAAAACGCUUCAUUCAGAAAUCUCAUCUUGAUGAACACAUGAGAAUUCACACAGGUGAGAAACCCUUUUUAUGUCUGUCCUGUGGAAAACGCUUCUCUCGGAAAUCUAGUCUUGAUUCACACAUCAAUCACAUACAUUUGUGAGAACGGUUUUAAACAAGAAGUUAAUUUGAGUCUUCAGGUGACAUUUAUUCAUGCAGGAUGUGGAAUGAUUUAUAUUUAUAUUUUUUUACACAUUUGUUCCAUAUAAGUCACAGCAGUUAGACGCCGCAGGAAGGAACAGUAGAGGCGUUUUCUAUGUUUGAAUGGUGAUAAAAAGAAACUACCUCAUUACAUGAGAAACCCACAGUUAAUGAUCUUUUGAGCAAAGUUUUGAUGAACCGGUUAAUUAAUAAAGCUCAUUUCACAUAGAAACUAGAACAGAUAAGGUGUUAUAAUGUAAACCUGGUAAAUAUUCAGGUCCUGGGCGAAUAUGUGGAUGUGAACAUCAGAAAGUUAAUUAUUUUGGGUCUGAGAAAGUUUAAAUGGCCAAAAAAAUUUCCUAACAAAAAGAUGUUAACAUUCACAAAUGUUUUUACCUUUUCUGUUAUGAGGGAAUAAACAUAAUAAAGUGCAGCAACAUUUCAUCUAAAACAUCUUGGUUACAGAUGAAGCUAGUUUGCUGUCCAUACAACAGGCAAUCGAGAAGUUAUAGAUGUUUAAAUUUAAAAAAUCCAGACGGACCCCUGCUGUGCCAUGCAUGGUGUGGCACAACUUUUUUGAUUGAAAAAUUUUUGGAAUAAAAAACAAGUUUUAUUUUUGGGACUAAGAACCUUUUAGCUGAAUGAUGAGUUAUUGGUUGGAUAUAUUCCAGAAACAGACUUUUAUUCUGAUUAAAAUAAAAGCAAAGGUUGGACAAACAA